GUUUGCAGUUCAAGACAGAUCGUGUGGUGGUUACAUGGUUGCAAGUGUUGUUAAGAUGCAAAUAUGGUUUAACAAUUUAGUUAAGUAUUACCGUAACAUUUAAUUUAUAUCCUGAGAAUGUGUGUUCUUCUAGGUUCCGGUUUUAAGUUUUAUGCAACCAUCGAGUACAAACACUUAAUUUUGUACGAUCAUUUGCGAAUAGUGAACGUUUUGAUCGUUUUACUAGCUAGUUAAUCUGCGAUUACAUAGCAUUCAAAGAAAACCUUGUAUUGUAGUACUUUUACUACAACUCUGAACAAAGAUGGCAACUACUCUUGCAAACAGACUUGAAAACCAGAUCCAGGAAAAUCUGCCCGCCAAGCAUGGUGCUAUCAUCAAGAAAAGAACUGCAAUCCCUACUACCAGGCCUGCUCUGGAAACCAUUGACAACAAGAAAGUACUAACAUCCAAAGCUGUUGGGGGUGCCAAGCAAAAGAUGCAACUCCAGAAACCAACAACCACCCGCAAUGCACUGAAAGCAAGCAACAUCCCAAUGAAGCCGCGCACAACUCUUCAAAAAAGUGUGCAGAACAAACCUACUCUUAAAGUAAACCACAACAAAGUUCUCUCUCAACCCAAAGCGUUGCCAACCUCGCAACCUAUUAAGCAAGAAAUUCAAAAAUUGCUUCCCAGUUCUGUCAAAGAUUCCCCUAUGCUAAUUGGCUCACCCUGUAAAAUAGAUACAGAUGACUUGUCCUCCAAUAUCUUUGAUUUAAACCUUAAAUCCAAUGUUGAAAAUAUUGAUGAAAAUGAUUGUGAAAACCCACAACUGUGUUCGGAAUUUGUUAAUGACAUUUACCACUACAUGCUGUAUCUGGAAUCUGAAUCUCCAAUUCGAAGAAACUACUUCAAAGAUACCGGUUUCAAACCCAGAGUGAGAUGUAUCCUUGUUGACUGGUUGGUCCAAGUUCACCACAGAUUUCAAUUACUCCAAGAAACCUUGUACUUGACCAUUGCAAUUUUGGAUAGAUUUUUGCAGGUACACCCGGUGCCCAAGGUAAAACUUCAGCUUGCUGGUGUGACUGCAAUGCUUCUGGCUUCAAAGUAUGAAGAGAUGUAUGCGCCAGAGGUCAGCGACUUCGUUUACAUCACAGACAAGGCUUUUACCCAAGCCCAGAUUUUAAGCAUGGAAAUCUUGAUGCUGAAAACCAUUAACUUCAGCCUUGGAAGACCAUUACCUUUGCAUUUCUUGAGACGAAAUUCCAAAGCUGGACAGGUAGAUGCUACUCAGCACACCCUUGCUAAAUACCUGAUGGAAUUGUCACUGGUUGACAAUGACAUGUGCCAUGUACCACCUUCCCAACUGGCUGCUGGUGCUCUCUGCUUGUCCAUUAAACUGCUGGAAGAUUCAGAAUGGACUCCCACCCUUGAGCACUACAGCACCUACACCAAAGAAGACUUGAUACCAGUUGUGUGUCAUUUAGCCAAAAACCUCAAAUCUGCUGAAAAGAGUUCUUACCAACAAGCUGUCAAGUCCAAGUUUUCAAGUCACAAAAUGAUGAAGAUUGCAAGGAUUGAUGCAGUCAAAGGCACAAUGGUGGAGGAGUUGGCAGAGCAGGCAGCAAGUCACAAGUUAUGAAUGUAACGAUUCGUACAAACGGUGUCAAAUGAUUAUACCCAAGUACUUGGCUCUGUAGGGGUUGAUGGUUCGAACCUUUAGUGUAUGAUGUAUGUGUAUGUAUGUAAGAUUCUAUUUUAAAAGCCGAUCAACCAGUUUUUAAACAUUGUUUUAAGUUUUUAGGCACAGUGUAUUAUGUAUGAUUUAACAAUAGUUGAUAUGAAAAUGUGACUUUUUAUUAAAAUGUACAUUACUGUAUUGAACUUUCAUGCUUUUAAAUAAAAAUCAACAGCUGAUUUUA